AUGUUGUACUAAGUAACAACAACAUUUGAUUUUUGUCGUUUUCCUUUUGUCUCUGUUCUCUCUAUUUUCAAAUUCUCUCCACAACCAAACCAAACCAAAGGUUUCUUCUUUGUGUAGUACUAAUGAACAUGGAAGAAACUCAAGUGAUGAAAACGACGACGUAUCACUCUGAACCGGGUUCAUCAAAUAACAGUUACAGAACCGAGAUUGACACUUCUGCUCCAUUUGAAUCGGUUAAAGAAGCUGUUAACCGGUUCGGUGGUGUUGGUUAUUGGAAACCCUUUCUCAAUGUUAAUCAUCUUUCAUCUCUUACUUCUCAUCAUUCUAUGCACCAUGUAGAAGAGCUUGAUAAAGAGAAACUGGAGGAGCAGGCAAGAUUGCUCGAGAAAGAACUGAUGCUGAAAGAAAGAGAAACUCUUGAUGUGUUGAAAGAAUUGGAAAAGACCAAAAGGCUUGUUGAACAUUUGAAAUCAAAGCUGCAAAAGGAAGAAUCUGAAACAAAUCUGAAUUUUGGGAUGAAUGUGUGUGAUCAAAGAUCAAUGGUAAAUGAGAAAGAAAUGAAGGAAAAACAAUCGAGUCCGUCUGAGUUUCUUCAAUCUGCGAUGGAAUCUUCUAUACCUUCCCAUGUAUCUUCGCCAAACUUAAUAUUAAUGGAAUUGAAGCAGGCCAAGUUGAACCUUACCAAAACUACUCAUGAUAUUGCCGAUGUACGAGCUACUGUUGAAUCUCUUAAUAAGAAAUUAGAGAAUGAAUGGAUCUCACUUGAGAAAACCCGUGAAAGGUUAACUCAAAAUUGUUCAAAAGUGUCUUCUCUUGAGGAUGAGCUAAACAAAACCAGAUUAAGACUGCAAGUUGUAAAAGUUGCUGCUUCUGGUGAUCCUUCAGAUGUUACAAUAGUGCUCCAUCGAUUGAAUUCGGAGGCCGAACAUUUCAGAAAAAUGAGAGAAUCCGCAAAAUCAGAAGUUUUGGAAACAAUGUCUGAGAUUGAGAUGACAAAAGCUAUGAUAAAAACUGCAGAAAUCAGGUUGGUUGCGGCAACGAAAAUGAAGGAAGCUUCUAGAGCUGCAGAAGCUGCUACCCUUGCAGAUAUUAACGCGUUGUCUAACCAUGAUGGUUCACCAGGAGAAUGUACGCAAAAAUGCGAGGAAAUUACUCUUUCGUUUGAAGAAUAUACUACUCUAAUCCGUAAAGCUCAAGAAGCACAAGAACAAUCAAAGAAUAGAGUAGCAGAAGCUAUGCUUGAAGUCGAUGAAGCAAAUUCAUCGCAAAUGGAUAUUUUAAAAAGGGUAGAGGAAGCAGCAGAAGAAGUUAAAACCCGCAAGAAGGUACUUGAAGAAGCUUUACAAAGGGUAGAAGAUGCAGAUAGAGGGAAGCUAGAAGUUGAAGAGGCUUUGAGGAAGUGGCGAUCUGACGGUCACAAAAGGCGUUCUUUGACGAAUAGCUGUAUGAAGUUUAAAAACUCUGGUCCAUCUGAUCAUAAGAGAGAUCCUAGGUUACUUGAUGUAAAUGGAUUGAAUUUGGUAAACGAUGAAGCCAAGCCUGUUUUAAAGUCAACUUUAUCAAUAGGACAAAUACUGAGCCAAAAGCUGCUUAUGCCGGAAGAGAUUGAAGAGGAGAUAGUUCAAGGUGAAAGAAUCUUGAUGAAACGGAGUGAGUCAUUAGGCCAGAUGCUUGGCAAAGACAAUGAUGGUCCGUUGUCUGAUGAGCAAGUUGAGAAAGAAAAUGGUCAGAAGCAGUCUUCUACUAAGAGAAAGAAAUUUGGGUUUGCAAGAUUCUCUCUUCUUUUGUCAAAACAGCAUAAAAAAAAGAAGAACCCAACGCUGAAUUUGAGUUGAAUAGAUAGAUUGUUUGAUCAAUUUUAUGUUCUAUCCAGCAUCUCCGAUGAGUCCUUAUCACAUUCCUUAGGUAAGUCUUUUAUUUAACUAUAGCGGAACCAAAAUGUGUCGCUCUUUAGUUUUAAUGUUCUAAAUAUUGAAUAUAAUUUAUAUGUUCAGUUAUGUCAUUCUCCGCAUUUUGCAGUACAUUUUUAUGGUAUUUAGGUUGUUGUCCCUGCUUGUAUAUUAACUAAGUAAUUAUGCUUGUGCAAUUUCUUGAUCUUAUUUUAAGUAGCAGUAGUAGUAGUAGUAGUAGUGUUAUAAUGUUCAUUUUCUUAAUGUUUUUAAAAUGUGGUUUGAAGAGCU